GUUGUUGCUCAGCUUAGUUAGCGAGCAGUAACGUUAGCUAUUGCUGGGCCACAAACACUGGAUAGUUCAUCUUAAUACGGACAUUAAUUUGCUCUUUUCUUCGGUAAGCAAAGUGUUCUGUUUACCGGCUAAGUUAAACUAUCAUAAUUCACAACCACAGAUGUUGUUGGACGUUUAACUUACUCGUAUACGAGAUAAGCGAUGGAGAACGUGCAUCUUGUCCCAGAAGAAGAGGAUGAUGAUUUGUAUACAGGCUACAAUGAUUACAAUCCGACUUUUGACUCAGAGGAUCUUAACAACGAUGUGGGUUUUCAGCAGGCCGUCAGGACGAGUCAUGGCAGAAGACCACCAAUGACCGCAAAAUAUCCUGGCACUGCUAUUGGAGGGCGACCGAUUGGGACAGCGUAUGGGUCUCGGGUGCCUGUUGGCACUGCAAUGGGAAGGCCUAUGACUGGAGCUGUUCAGGACGGUGCGGCUCGCCCCAUGACUGCAGUGCGGGCAGCAGGAUAUUCUUCAUCUAUAGCUAGAGGCUCAGUGUUUGAUCCACUGGGACAAUCAAAAGGACCAGCCCCUCCAUUAGAGAGACAGAACGAAGACACUCCAGAGGAAAAGAUAAAGAUCCUGGAAAAGAAGGUGAAUGAUUUGAUAGAGGAGAGCUGUCUCGCUCAUGCUCAUGGGGAUCUUCAGCUGUCUCUAGAGAAAGCCAAAGAGGCGGGCAGGAAGGAAAGGGCUCUGGUGAGACAGAGAGAACAAACAGGCACUGCAGACCACAUCAAUCUGGAUCUUACCUACUCUGUAUUGUUUAACUUAGCAAACCAAUAUGCCAGUAAUGACAUGUACACUGAGGCUUUGAACACAUACCAAGUCAUUGUGAAGAACAAAAUGUUCAAUAAUGCCGGUCGGUUAAAAGUAAACAUGGCAAAUAUCUAUUUCAAGCAAAAGAAUUACACAAAAGCCAUCAAAUUUUACCGCAUGGCUUUGGAUCAGAUUUCAAAUGCCCACAAUGCAAUGAGGAUCAAGAUCAUGCAGAACAUUGGAGUUGUGUUCAUACAUAUGGGCCAGUACUCAGAUGCCAUCACAUCCUUUGAGUACAUCAUGAGUGAGAAUCCCAACAUAAAGACAGGCUUCAACCUCAUCCUGUGCUACUAUGCCAUCGGAGACCGUGAGAGGAUGAAGAAAGCUUUUCAAAAACUAAUUUGUGUGCCCCUUGGUAUUGAUGAUGAAGACAAGUAUAUCCCUGCAAAUGAUGACCCUCAUGCAAACAUGGUGAUUGAGGCAAUAAAGAAUGAUAAGCUUCACCAAAUGGAAAGGGAUAGGAAAGCACUAGCAGAAAAAUACAUUAUGACCUCAGCUAAGCUUAUUGCUCCUGCCAUUGAGUCGUCAUUUGCAGCUGGGUUUGACUGGUGUGUGGACAUGGUGAAGGGUUCACAAUACGUGGAGCUUGCAAAUGACUUGGAGAUCAAUAAAGCUAUUACAUACUUAAGACAGAGGGACUUCAAACAGGCUGAGGCAGUGGAGACACUAAAGAUGUUUGAGAAGAAGGACAGUCGAGUAAAAAGUGCUGCUGCCACUAAUCUGUCUUUUCUCUACUUUUUGGAAAAAGAUUAUGACCAGGCUGACCGCUAUGCUGAGCUAGCCAUGAGCGCCGAUCGCUACAACCCUGCUGCCCUCAUUAACAAAGGCAACACAGUGUUUGUGAAAGAGGACUAUGAGAAAGCAGCAGAGUUUUAUAAGGAGGCUCUUCGCAAUGACUCAUCCUGUACUGAAGCUCUUUAUAACUUAGGUUUGACCUAUAAAAGGUUGGGUAGGCUGGAGGAAUCCCUGGAUUGCUUCCUCAAACUGCACGCUAUCCUCAGAAACAGUGCUCAGGUCAUGUACCAGCUGGCUAAUUUAUAUGAGAUGUUGGAGGACCCUCAUCAGGCCAUUGAGUGGCUGAUGCAGCUCACCAGUGUGACCCCCACAGAUGCCCAGGUGCUGGCCAAACUGGGAGACCUCUAUGACAAUGAAGGAGACAAAUCUCAGGCCUUCCAGUACUAUUAUGAGUCGUACAGGUAUUUUCCCUCAAACAUUAGUGUCAUUGAAUGGUUGGGAGCAUAUUACAUCGACACCCAGUUCUGUGAGAAAGCUAUUCAGUACUUUGAGAGAGCUACCCUUAUUCAACCAACACAGGUCAAGUGGCAGCUGAUGGUGGCUAGCUGUUACAGGAGAAGUGGAAAUUAUCAAAAGGCACUCGAGACCUACAAGGACAUUCAUCGGAAAUUUCCUGAAAAUGUUGAAUGUCUACGCUUCCUGGUCAGGCUGUGCACUGAUAUGGGACUAAAAGAGGUGCAGGAUUAUGCGACCAAACUGAAGAAAGUUGAAAAAAUGAAGGAGAUCAGAGAGCAGAGGGUGCGAUCUGGGAGGGAGAGCAGUGCUCGAGGGCGCAGGGAAGGCAGCGCUGGCAGUGGAAAUACAUCAAACCUUACACACACUCUCCCUAAGAAACCCAGUGAUGUGGAUCUCAUAUCAGGUGAUGUUCAGUUGUCAGCUUCAGGCAGUGCUGGGUUUAAAGGAAGCGGCUCAAACCCCCAAAAGCCCAGUGGGAGCAGCUCAAGCCCCAUCAAUACCCCUCCUCUGAGAGCCAGUGUUUCUCGCUCUGAAGCUAAGUAUAGUCCUGUGCUGCAGCAGGGCAGAGACAGUGGACAAAGCAACCAUGGCACCAGCGCCAAGGGUGAGAGGCUUAGCAUUAAACUGAAAACUCUUCCCGGGUCCAAUGAGCCGUAUGAGGCCAGCACUCAGCAGGAAAUAGAUGCAUCUUAUGUCGAUCCGUUGGGACCUCAAAUGCAGAGACCAAAAACAGCAGCAAGGAAACGCACCGAGGAAGAUGAGUUUGCUGAUGAAGAGCUAGGAGAUGACUUACUGCCUGAGUGAUGUGUGCAAUAGAGAUCAAUUCAGUGGAAAGUCUAAUAUACAUCUAGAUACUAAAUUUGUCUGCAUUUCCUGUACAAAUAAUAGCACUGAAGUUUAAAAAUACUUCAUUACAUCCUUGUUAUGCUUUACUAUGCUUUUUGCUGUAUGACUACACCAUUAAACCUGGAUAACAUAAAGACGUGCAUGUUUUGUAAGUUUGAAAUAUUAAAUCAACUUUCUAUA